AUGGAUUUGAUUUCUACAGUGAGAGAUGCAUUUGAGAGAGUUACAAAGAGACAAAAGCUGUAUCACUCAGUCUCGGAAGUUGUUAUUGAUCGAGUUUGUGAAGUAAUCUUAGAGACAUUGUUUAAAAUCCGAUUAGCUCACGGAACGCUAGAACCCGAAGGUGUUUUUACCGAGUUUCGACUCAAGCUUGAUUCUCUUUUACCAAUGAUCGAGCUUCAAGGGUCACAAAAGGAAAUGAACACGAGUCUUAGCAAGUAUGAGAAAGUUCUUGAGAAAUCUUACAAUCCUGAUAUAUCUCAAGCUUGUAGAAGCAUCGAAUUUGAUGUCCGCUUAGUGAAUAAGAUACUUAUCGAGCAUUUUUACCGACAAGGCUUGUUCGAAAUUGGAGAUUGUCUACUUAAGGAAGCUGGAGAAGAAGAAGAGGAAGUAACCGAGUUUCGAUCUCAGUCCUUAGAAAUCUACCAGAUAGUUGAGUCGAUGAAACUCAGAGACAUUGAUCCUGCAAUGAGAUGGAUCUCUAUGAACCGCGGAAAACUUGAGCAUAACGGUUCAAAGCUGGAGCUGAAACUCUUGAGUUUGAAGUACUGUGAUAUUUUAAGAGAAGGAAACCUUUCUGAUGCUUUGAAGUAUGCAAGAACACAUUUUCCGCAAUACGGUUCCCUCCACAUUGCAGAGAUAGGAAAGCUUUUUACUGCUCUGUUAUGGAUUGGAAAACUCGAGAAAUCUCCGUAUGUAGAGUUGGUUUCUCCUUCAAAUUGGGACAAUGUAACCAAAGAGCUAACCAAGCAAUACUACAAUCUCUUAGAUCAGCCAUCUAAUUCUCCGUUGCCAGUCGUGUUAUCCGCGGGUUUUGAGAGCUUACCGACACUUCUGAAGCUUGUUCAUGUAAUGGGAUUGAAGAAACAAGAAUGGCAAGUAGUGAAAGAGCUUCCUGUUCCUUUGGAGUUAGGGAAUGAGUUUCAGUUCCAUUCGAUUUUCGUUUGUCCCGUAAGUAGAGAUCAGAGUAGUCAAGAAAACCCACCGAUGAUGUUGCCUUGUCGUCAUGUUCUUUGCAAGCAAUCUAUCAUGAAACUCGGCAAAAACUGCGGUACUCGCAGAUUCAAAUGUCCAUUUUGUCCUGCACAAACCUCAGCUUCAGCAUGCAGAGAAUUAUACUUUUGA